AUGCGACAUUUUUCGAGAUAUAUCAGUCAAUUCUCGAAGUCAUUACCCAGGAGGAUCUCUUCUUUAAGUAGUAGCCCUGAUCUGUUCGAGUACACCUCUGGACGCUUUUUGUUCAACGAGGACCUCCGCCGCGCUGAACGUCGUAUCCAAUUCGACGUGGAUACUCUUGCAAGGGCGGCCUGCCACUCUGUUGGCCGCCACCUGAAUAGCGUGACCUCGAUCACAAAACUCGCCGAGGGGGGCUUCAAUCGCGUCUUGCAAAUCACCUUCAAUGAUGGAUAUACAGUUCUUGCACGGCUACCUUACAAGUCAACCGUCCUAAAGCAUCUUAUAGUGGUAAGUGAAGCUGCCGCCCUGGCACUUCUACGAGCUUACAGGGUCCCGGUUCCUAAAGUCAUUGCGUAUUCCCCAGAUCAGACGAACGCCGUUAGGACCGAAUACAUUCUACUAGAAAAACUCGAAGGGACGCCGUUAAGCGACUAG